ACGCUGAUUCAAAAAACCGAUUCAAACAAUAACAAAAAAAAAUUGAAAGAAAAUAUUUAAAGUCUUUAUUGAAUUAUCUAUUCAAAAAUAAACAAAAAUAAAUAGUUACAAUUAUGGAAGAACCAGGCACACAACGUUUGACAAACGAUGACUUUCGAAAACUUUUAGCUUCUGGAGCAAAAUCAUCUUCUGCAGCAACUCCAGCUAAAGCAUCAACAUCUGUUGCUAAGAAAAGCUCUGAAAAGCAUGAUGCACGCCGAAAAAAGAAGAAUUUUUAUGCACAACUGAAGAAAUCAGAAGAUAACGUACUAUCUGAACUUUCUGAAAAAUAUCGCGACAGAGCAAAAGAAAGACGAGAAGGAGCUAAUGCUGAUUACACUCAGAAUGAUGCCAGAAAUUCAACUUCCGGAUAUCGAGCCGUAGCGCCAGAUGUAAAGAGUGGAAUUGACACUGCAGAACGUCGAAGACAAUUGAUCCAAGAAUCAAAGUUCUUGGGUGGUGACUUGCAACAUACUCAUUUAGUAAAAGGUCUAGAUUAUGCUUUGCUUCAAAAGGUUCGCAGUGAAAUAACUCAUCAAGAGCAAAUUCAGGAAACUGAAAUGGAGAAAAUUGUCGAUGAGAAGAUUGCUGAAAAAGCGAUUGAAAAAAUUGAAUUAGAGAGAAAUGAAUCUGAUGAUUUAGAGAUUCAUACAGUGUUGGGUAAAAAUAUUCAUCGAUUGAUAACAAUUCAACGUUCCAAAAACAUCGAGCGAAAUGAAAUGUUUGUUCCUGGUCGAAUGGCAUAUUUGGUUGAACUUGAAGAUGAAAAUGCUGAAACUGACAUACCAACAACAAUAAUACGCUCAAAAGCGGAAACACAAGCUUCAGCAGAGCUCAACACGUUGAACACCAAUGACAUUGUUGUCAAUAAAUUAACACAAAUCUUCUCAUAUUUGCGUCAAGGUGGAAAGAAAAAGAAUAAGAAACGUGAAAAAGGAGUUUUCAAAGUUCCUGAAGAUCCGGUGGAUAAUGCAAAGACAGUUUCAGAAUCGUCUUCGAAGUCUCGUCGUAAGACUGAGGAUUCAAUUUAUGGAGAUAUUGGCGAUUAUAAACCAUCACGAAGCGAUAGAGAACGCGACAGAGACAGAGACCGUUAUCGAAAUCGAAGUGAUCGUCAUAGUCGAAGGAGAGAUUAUGAUGAAGAUUAUGAACGUAGCUCAUCGAGUCGUAAGAAAUCUUCAUACUUUGAUAAGUCAAAUGAUGUUGAAGAGAGUGAACAAGGAACGAUAAAUAUUCCAGCACCACCCAAGUUAUCAACUCAAUUAUUAUCGAAGCUUCAUGCUAAUGAGCCAGACUCAUAUGCUGAAUGUUAUCCGGGACUGCAAGAAAUGGACGAUGCCAUUAUUGAUUCAGAUGACGAAGUGGACUACACAAAGAUGGACAAAGGGAACAAAAAAGGGCCAAUUGGUCGAUGGGAUUUCGAUACUCCCGAAGAAUACUCGGAUUAUAUGAGUACAAAGGAAGCUCUACCAAAGGCCGCCUUCCAGUAUGGCUUGAAGAUGUCUGAUGGGCGUAAAACUCGUAAAACAAAAACUGAAAUGCAAAAAAUUGAUCAAGAAUGGCAAAAAAUACAAAAAAUUAUUACAAAACGCAAGGGUGAAGGCGGUGCUGGUGAUGGCGAUGUUGAUUUCAAAAAGGCAAAAAAUUAAGAAAUUAAUUAUUUUUAUUAGAUAUUUUAUAAAAUAAUCACCACAGCAUUAUAAUUAAAUAGAAACUUAAAUAAACUGCAAGAAUACUUCGCCAAUUAAUCUUUUUAAAUUAAUAAAAAACGAAAUUAAAUUCUCAACUUUCAACAUAAUUUUACAUUCAUUAGGUUU